AUGAAAUUAGGAUAUAAUGAAAUAAUGAUAACAUCAAUGUAUUUUAAUGAUAUUAAUGAUUUUAUUAAUUUAGAAAUAGGUGUUAAAAGAUUUAGAGGAAAUAUUGAACGAUUUCAUUUUAAUCCAAUUCCUUUAAAUGAACAUUCAAGAAAAUUAUUUCCUAAUAUUGAAACAUUUCAUAUUUAUGAUGAAAAUGAUGAAAUAUUUAAUGAUGGAAGAAUAUUUAAAUAUGUAAUAUGGUAUACAGUAGAAUAUUCAAAAUAUUUACAAGAGAAAGAACAAGGAAAUAUCUGUAAAAAUAUAGAAUAUACAAAAAAAGAUAGAAAAUCAUAUGGAAAUACAAUACCAUCAGAAAUUACAACACUUGGAGAUGAAUGUUUUAAAUAUUGUAAAUCAUUAACAACAAUUAAUAUACCAUCAUCAAUUACUAAAAUAGGAUUUAAUUGUUUUGAAGAAUGUUUAUCAUUAACAACAAUUAAUAUAGAUAAUCUACAGUUUAUUAGUGAAGAAAGAAUAUUUAUGAAUGAACCAGUGUUAAUUAGUAUUGAAAUACCAUAUACUAUACAAAUAAUCAAUGGAAAGAAUAUUUUCAAGAAAGAUAUUAAUGAAUUUAUUAUUCCAUCUUCAAUUACUAAAUUAGAUGAUUGGUGUUUUAAUGAUUGUUCAUCAUUAACAACAAUUAAUAUACCAUCAUCAAUUAAAGAAAUAGGAAUUUAUUGUUUUUAUAAAUGUUCAUUAUUAACAUCAAUUAAUAUACCAUCAUCAAUUACUAAAAUAGGAAAUUAUUGUUUUUAUAAAUGUGGAUGUGAAGAUGAAUUAAAGAAAAAUGAAAGAAUACCAAGCUAUUGCUUUAACGAAUGGUGA